GUUACACAUCUCGCGUUGUCUGGAUAUUCACUUCACUGUCAUCCACCCGCGUAACUUCGAAACAUCUUGUAUGGGAAAAGCUAGCAGAAAUGGCGGCGAGAGAAAAGUCGUUGAAACACCGACUGAAACAUGUAAAUACCACGUUUGAAACGUCAAGUAUUGACUCCACAGCCGUCGAAGAAAAGUUGUUCGGCCAAGCGGAGGAGGAGGAGGACGGUGACGACGGACCUGUGGUGUUUAUCUGCGGGAAGUGCAAGUUGCCUGUUGGAGAUUCACUGUCCUGGGAUGGAAGUGAAGACGACCAGAACCAAAUAAGACUAAAGAGGGUCACUGACAACGUCUUGGUUGGAAAGGACAACCGCCUGUAUGAAGUGAGCAAGAGCAAACGAUCUCUAUGUCUGGUGGUGGAUCUGUUCUGUCAAGGCUGCCACUCUGUGCUCGGCAUGGUUUACGCGUCCACGCCCAAGAACCUGGACCACAAGAGAUUUACGUUCUGUUUUAAUGUAGCAGACAUUGACAGCUAUGUGCUUGGCUCUGCAAGCCAGAUGUUGACAGCAGAGGGCCCCAAAGAGCAGCCAGUCACACUGGAGUACAGAGGCAUUGUUGAACAACAGCUGACAGAGAUGAAAAUGCUGGUCAUGUCCAUGGCGCACAGGCUGGAGGAGAUCGAAGCCGGCCUUCAGGAGGGAUGUGAUGAGGCAUGACGGUGACGGACAUGAGCUUGUCCGGGUGGGUGCUUUGUCCAGGUGUUGAACGUGAGGUUAUAAUAUCCUCCCUUCCUCGCAGCUACCUUUACAUUAACACUUCCUCUUUUAAGUUUAAAUUUCAACCACAUUCCUUCAGUAACAUUCCCUAGUCUCACCUUGUGCACAGACACACACACACACACCACUUCCACUCCGCUUUGUCCUUAUUACCGAUGGUGAAACAAAGACUGCCUGCACUUGUAAUCAAUCAUGUUGUCAGCUCGGCUCCUGUGGCUCGUAGCACCAUCUUCUCUGUACGUCUCGCCGCAGACCCGAAUGUACGCUAUGAGCAGAAUGUUUAUUUGUGCAGGAUUUCAUCAGGCACGCUGCACACUCAGCACAAUGCCGUAUUGAUCUGGCCAUUCGAGGCCACACACACACUAUUUCUUUGUUCUCUUCCUCAAGCUCCACGCUUGCUUGAGGGAUUGCGGGAUGGAUAUAUGCUUUUUAUUCAGAAGUGAACGUUGUUUGUGGGAAUUUGGAUUCAAACAGGGUUUUCACCAUUAAAUACUCAAAUACUCUUUAAUAUUCCCUGCAUCUCAUUUAUUGGAUAUUUCUUUUCACUUUAGUAAUCACCUCAUCGCUGUUCUGUCUUUUUGUAAAAUACUGCCAGAAUUUUAAUUUCUCAUUAUGGGUCGUUUAUUUUUGUUUUGUCUGUUCACAGUUGUACAAGUUUUGUCUGACUUAUUUUUGUGUAAUAAAGUAUUCAAGUGUUUCCAAAAA